AUGGCCACCAGUGCUACUGCUGCAGAUGCUACUCCCUUAGUUACUACUGCUGAUGCUGCUCUCUCAGCUCUAGCAACAGGUUCUUCCUCUUGCAGUGGUUGUAAGUUCUUAAGAAGAAGAUGCAUCCAAGGAUGUAUCUUUGCCCCUUACUUCAGACAUCCGAGAGCUUUUGCAGCUAUCCACACAAUUUUUGGUGCCAUAAAUGUCUCUAAGCUCUUGGCUGGGCUUUCGGUUAAUAAUUUACAAAUUUAUCUAGUCUUUUUUAAGGAGGUUAAUAAUCUGCAAGUUCAAAAUUGGUUUCACCCAGAAACCAAUUCAAACCCAAUCAUCCCAGCAGCAAAUGUUUCAUUUUCUGGUUUACAGGAAGAUAAUUUUCAACAUGAUCCAAACCCAAUCAUCCUAGCAACAAAUGUCAAUGAAUUUGGAUUCAUCGUGUUCGGCAAUUAUUAUCAACAUUGA